AUGGACCCAGGAAGCAGUAACAUGAAUGCUGGGGAGAAUAGGCCAAGACCUUCUAGCAUAAGUGGAGGAGAUACAGAUGUUGACAUUGAAGAGACGUUGUUUGUGCUUCCUUGCACAGAUGAGCAGAAGGUGGUGUUUGCGGCGUUCAAACUGAUUGGGGAGGCGAAGCGCCAGUGGAGAUCAGCGCGUUUGAUAGAGGAGCAGAGACUGGUUCCAAUUCCAGUGACAUGGGACCAAUUCAAGGAGCUGUUAUUUGAGCGGUAUUUCCCUACGAUCAUUCGGAGCGCGAAGGCAGUGGAGUUUGUGCAUCUGGAAGGCAUCACAAGGGAAGAAGAAGAAGAAGAAGAAGAAUUGGGAAUGGGUUUGAGGGGGGGCCUUGUGGUGCUUGUAGUGUUGUGUUUGGUGCAUGGUUCUGCCUCCGCCGGAGGACCCCUUCCCAAGGUCUUCAACAUCCGUGAUUAUGGUGCUAUUGGGGAUGGACAAACAGAUAAUGCCAAGGCAUUUUCGAAUGCAUGGACGGCAGCUUGUCAAUGGAAUGGGAAGAGCAGGGUGUACGUGCCAUUCGGAUCCUAUCUGCUGAGCUCAGCGGUUUUUAAGGGCCCAUGCAACGGCCCGAUUUCCUUUCGGAUCCAAGGCCUCAUAAAGGCCCGCCGGGAUUUGCUGGACCAGGAGGUCUGGAUUAACUUCCGGUACGUCAACCGAUUGGUCAUCGGCGGCGGCGGGACCAUCGACGGCCAAGGCAGCGUCGCCUGGUCUAACAGUUUCUGCCGUCAAAGCACCAAUUGCAGAAGUCUCCCUUUGUCACUUGGGUUAGACUUCGUGACCAAUUCGAGGGUCCGCGGCAUACGGUCGGUGAACAGCAAGAACACCCACAUCAACCUAUUCGGGUGCGACAACGUGAACAUCACCCAGGUCCGAAUAACCGCCCCGGACGACAGCCCCAACACCGAUGGGAUCCGGAUAGGAUCCUCGACCCGAAUCACGAUAGCGCAGUCGUUCAUCGGCACCGGCGACGACUGCGUUUCGAUGCUGUCCGGAAACCAGAACAUCCUGGUGUCGCAGGUGACAUGCGCGCCGGGGCACGGCAUCAGCGUCGGCAGCCUGGGAAAGUACCAGGGGGAGGCGAACGUGAACGGAAUCACGGUGGAGAGAUGCACGUUCAUCGGAACCCAGAACGGUGUGAGGAUCAAAACGUGGGCGGACUCCGCCAGCAGCAGCCUCGCCUCCAACUUCCUGUUUGAAAAUAUUGAGAUGAGAGAUGUGCUGAAUCCCAUCAUCAUUGACCAGGAGUACUGCCCAUACCCCCCUUGCCCCGCAGAGAGUUCCAAACAAGUGCAGAUCAGGGACGUGACGUUUAGGAACAUAUGGGGGCGAUCGAAAUCAAGGACAGCGGUGUUCCUGAGGUGCAGCAAGACCGUGCCCUGCAAGAACCUAAAAAUGGAGGACAUCAACUUGGCGUACUUCGGCCCCGGCGGUCCAGCAAAUUCUUCCUGCUCUAAUGCACUCGGUGCUGCAUCUGGCCUUCAGAAUCCUCGUAUUUGCAUCUAGUCUCCAAUCUGACGUCAAAUUUGCCAUGGCUUAAUUGCUUUCUUACUGAGUAAUUAAUUCAAUUCCUGCAGCUUGUUUGUUAGUUCAA